CUUGUUCUUCUUCUUCUUCUUCUUCUCGCUUUCUCUGCCACAAUUCGUAAUUAUCCAGUCGUGGCCCUGCGUUUUGAGAUGAACUAGAAGAUAUAAAGAAAGGGAGGGAGGGUCUUCUGCAAGCAUCCCGCUAGAGGGUCGAAACAGGAGAAAGAAACGAAGAAGAUUCUUCGAGAGGGAGAGAGAGAGAGGGAGAGGGCACCUGGUCCAGAAGUGAUUUAGUCUGCAUUGAUUCUUGAUUGGAGAGUGGUUUGUCUGCACCCGAGGCUUCGAGGCUUUUUGACGACGGGAACCAUUUUCCUUGUUUGUAUUCCGGGGGGGAGUGAGGGACCGAAAUAAGAAAAUAAUUUUCCCCAGCGAGAGAGGGGGCGGAAAACGACGAAAACGUAAAAGGGGUGAAACGGAAAAAGGCUGAACCGAAGGGGGAGGGGAGCUAAAAUACAAAACCUUUCUUUGGUUCGGCUGUGUCUGAUUAUUGAUGACGACUCCUGGGAGUCUCUGUCUGCAUGUCUGUUCCUAGAGCAGGUGGAUUCUUCUCCUCUGGUGAGAAAUCCGAGCUAGAACGCUUGGGAGGAAGAGAAUAGAGCGAGAGAGCUGGCGUAAAAGUUGAGCCUUUGAGCUUCCUUGAGGUUCGAUUACUCUCGGGUUUGCUCUGUCUCUGGAAUGGAGGUGGGAGAAAUCUAGCAGAGAGAGAGAGAACUUCAACUUCAUGGGCUCUUCCUUGCGUAAUUUUCUUCAUUCUCUGGUGCUCAAAAAAUGGCCUCUUUGACUGUACUGCUCGUCCUUCAUUCUCUGACACUCAAACUUCAAAAAUAAAAAAGCCACAAACUUUCCGCAAUUUGGUGGAGCAUAAAGGCGAUCUUGCUCGUGCCCAUCUGAAUUCACGGCUGUUCUUGGCUGAAAACUCAAUUUUUUUUUCAGAUUUAGCUGUUGUUGGUGCGGUAAUACAUAGAGAGAACAGAUUUUUCUCAGAAAGAAGCUUCUUCAAUGGCAGAACUUAGUUCCUUCUCUUUACCAUCUCCCAGAAAUAAUUGCAAGAAAGUCACCGGAUCAUCUUUUUUCAGCUUGCCAAGACUGUUCACUAGCUUCACUGCGAAGGGGUUCUCUGAAACCGACGUUGUGAUUAGUCCCACUUCAAUUCUUGACACCAAACCAUUCUCAUUCUCGACCAUCAGGAACUCCUUCUGGUCUGAUAACAACAGCAGUUCGUCUUCUUCACCCAGAAACACUGACACAGAGCACAAGCGCUCUCACUGGGAAAAGAAGAAGAUAGAAUCAGUAGGAAUUGGCCUGGGCAUUGUUGAUGCUCUGAAAGACGAGGGCCUUGACCCGAAGCAACCCAAACCCGAGACCCGGCCCGUCGUCUUCUUCGGAUCAAAGCUCAAUAUCCAAGUCCCUCCCCUGCCCUUCUCUGUUCCUCCCAACCCUGAGUCGGCGAGCCCGAGGUCUCCACCCAAUUUCGGGACCAAAUCCAAGAAUUCCCAACUGGGUUUCGCAUCACCUCGCCUUUCGCGGUCCCCGGAUAUGAGAUCCCGUUCCGGAUCGUCCUCCAUUUCACGCGGCCUCGGAGUGCCAGGCUCGCCCCGGGUCAUCAGUGCCACUGAGAUGGAGAGCUCGGAGGACUACACUUGUGUGAUCUCCCAUGGCCCGAACCCGAAGACAACACAUAUAUUUGACGAUUGCAUUGUGGAGAGCUGCUGUGGUGAUUUUAAGUCUGCGUCUGAUCUGAAGGAGAGUGGGUUUUUGAGUGAUGAACAGAGUAGUCGUUCGUUGUCACACAGUUUUCUUAGCUUCUGCUGCACCUGCAAGAAGAAUCUUGGGCAGGGAAGUGACAUUUACAUGUACAGGGGGGAGAAAGCUUUCUGCAGUGGAGACUGCCGGUACCAGGAGAUUCUCUUGGAAGAGGGAAUGGGGAGAUCGGAACCAGAUGAAUAUGGCUUUUCUAGAUAACAACUUAUCAUCGCUUUGCUUCAAGAGAGAGUCUUGAAGAAAGCCAGCUUCACGAGGAUAUAUUCAUCAUUCUUAACAUAAAUCUUUAGAGGCAGGGAUAGAGACUGAACUUUCUAUUGCAUAAAAUGGAUUGAAGCUGGGGUUUUCUUGAUAUCUUAGGCUCUGCUUCUCUCAGCAGUCUUUUUUGUUUUCAUUUUCCCUCUUCCUCUCUCUCUCUCUCUCUCUUCUCUCUCUCGCUCUUGCUCUCAUAAUUUUUCUUGUAUAAUUGAUUUCAAUGAAGUGAUAAUUUAGGAGAUCGCUAAUCUGGUGCUUCGGUCCAAAAGCCUUUCUUGUUUGCCUAGUGGUUCUCAUAAUGAUGAUAGGGUGACUGAGAAUUUUCCCCAUUAUCUUCCCCAGAUUAAAUUUAUUGCUGCAAAUCAUCCUGGGCACAUAAGGACAGAUUACAUCAUUUGAUGCAGAUUCUUGCAUUUUUUUUUUCCUUGCCUGAGAGGCUCCUAUCC